CAUAAAUAUGUCUAUUAACUAUGUCUGUAUUAAUAAACAAAAUGACUUGUGGUCUGCUUUAAGACCCCAAAACCAAACAGCACAAUGCAAUUUGCACCUGCAGAUCUACUCCCUUCCCUUCCAGUGGUCUUCUGGGAUUGGUGCCCAGCAUGUGCUGUCCCUUUGAAUAGUUUCAGGGCAUUGCAUGGGAAACCACUGCAGGCAAAUAUGAGCAACUGUGAGACAACUCUCAGGCCUUUACUUUGUCCCUAUUUUUUUUGCUAUUAUGGACUUAACUACUUCCCCCCUUGCUGACUAAUAUGCAUCAUUACUUCCAAGUUGUUGCCCAGACACUGUGUCACUGGGUGCUUAAGAAAUUACUAGAAAAAAUGCUAGGGCUGGUCUGCACUUUUCUGUUCUUCUUUUUUUUUUUUUAACAGACCAACUUCAUUAGCACUGUGCCUGAGUGUCUUUCAAUAGAGCAUUAAGUGAUAUGACUAUUCAUCUGUCAUCAAAACCAUGAAUGUACUUCAUCGUUUCCCCUAUCCUCUCCUUAGGAAGGAAAUUGUAUAUACAGGUAGCAGUGAUUUGGUAGGGGUGUAUAUGUGCUUGUUUCAGGGGGAGCUAAAUUAAAGAAAUCUGUCAUUUAAUUGUAUAUUGAUGUUUGUUAUGACAUAAGAUCUUGGUAUAAUAGUCAACUGUAUUGGAUUAGUAUAUAUCCUAUAUAUGUCUCAAUUAGUUUUAGAUAUACAUCACUAGCCAGGCAUGUUAGGAGAUGCUGGAUUUAACCCAAACUUCCUGAUUACAUCAGGAAUACCUGGCAUUUUCCAGAUGUGCCAGCAGACCUCACAUUUCCUGGGAGCACUGUCCUUUCUCCUUCAUCUGCGUGAAGAUAUACAGUGUGUGAAGGUGAUAGGAGUGCAGAAAAAAUAUCCUAAAAGAGGACAUGAACUCUUUUCAGAAGAUCCACCUGGCUUGUGGGAAUGGGGAUGGUUAAGAACUGCCUGUGGGCAGGAGACUGUCCUGGAAGAUUGCUUGUGACAGCCUAGCCAUGGUUGAUCACCUCUGUGCUGUAUGUAAUUGUAGCCACUAAUGUAAAUACACCCUCUUGUUACCCAUGAAUGAACUACACUGCUCAAUAUUUCUGAGGGCCGUCAGUCCUACUUUUUCUGUCACGGACCCCAUUGCUUAUUCGUAUUCUGAAACAAACUCUCUGGGUACUUGAAAGAUGAGGACUUGAAAUUUCUAUUCCCCUCCAAAUUAGCCCUUAUCCACAUUUUACUAGAUUUGUUUAAUUGAUUUUCAAGAACCUUGAAAGAGAUUUUUAAGUUAUGCUGGCAUAGAUCAUCAUACCAAAACACUUAGUGUUUUUAUUCAUUUUAAGUAGUGCAUAACUGGAGAACAAAACAUGUCAUAUUGAGCUCAUGCUCACAGGAUUAUGUACUCUGGACUGCGAUAAUUUGAUUUAAUCUGUGCAAAUUUUUUGGCAUUCAAUAUUGCUAACUUUUUUUCAGGAUACAACUGACUAUGUUGCAUAUGUAGCUAAGGAUCCUGUUAAUCGGAGAGCUUGCCAUAUACUGGAAUGCUGUGAUGGCCUUGCCCAGGAUGUUAUCAGCACCAUUGGACAAGCAUUUGAGCUUCGAUUUAAGCAAUACUUGCAGUGCCCCUCUAAGAUAUCUACUUUCCAUAAUAGGAUGCAGAGUUUUGAUGAGCCAUUGAUGGAGGAAGAGAGUGCAGCAGCAGAACAUCCCUAUUAUAAUAAUAUCCCAAAUAAAAUGCCUCCUUCUGGUGGCUUCAUUGAUGCCAGACUCAAAGCAAAGAUUCCCACUGCUGCAGACACAGCUCAGUUUGCAGCAGGAAUGAGAACAGAGAAAGUCUAUUACCAGAAUCGUCAAUUAGGAGACAAAUUCAAUGAAGACUGGCAUCAGGAGACUGUUAAGCAAGAUAUUUAUAGUAUGCCAAAAGGGAAAUCAGAAGCAACCGCAACAGCAGAGAUGCCAACAUAUGUGAACACACAGCAUAUAAAUAUGGAGACACUAUUGGCACUUCAGGCAGAUGCUGAAAGUGACAUCAGUGGAAACACAGAUAGUACCAAAGAGAGCAGCGCAGGAAAGGAUCUGUUCGACAUGAAAUCAUUUGAAGAUGCCCUCAAGAACCAAACAUCUCAGCCUGUGCUCAGUAAAUUGACUUCUGUUGAAUGUACUAGUCCUCUCUUAUGUAGAGCUGCUGACUGGACUACAACAGAAGAGCUGAGUAUAGAGCCAUGGUAUCAAGGAGAGAUGAGUAGGAAAGAAGCUGAACAGCUGUUAAAGAAAUGUGGAGACUUCCUUGUGAGAAAGAGUACCACAAAUGCAGGUUCUUACGUGUUGACAGGCAUGCAAAAUGGACAAGCCAAACACCUUCUUUUAGUGGAUCCAGAAGGAACUGCUCCUGGAGGUGCCAGUUACAUCCAUUUCUCUCCUAAUGCCUAGGCGAAGAUCUACUGCAUGAAUUCUGCACAUUGUAGGGGUAGGUGAAGACAUCCUGCUUGACUUAAGUAAACUGCAGGAAGCCUAGGGAUGAGGUUACCCAGCUUUGGCCACUGCAGUAUUGUCUUACUCAAAAGUGUAGCUAAGUCCUUAUUUAAUCUUCUAGCUGCUGGUGGCCAUGCAAGUUUAACCAGUCUUUGUGCCAGCAGUUUUGAGGACCAAGACCAAGUCCCCCAACCCAUGAAGUUUUCCAACUCUGAAAGCUAGGAGACAGAUGGGAUAACAAAACUACACCAUCACUUUGUUGCACAGACUCCUUUAACUGAUGAAGCCUCCCAGC